CGUAGGCGCUCAGUUUACGUUUCGGCCGCGUCGCCUUCAGUUCCCCAGUGUUUCGUGACCAGGCUGCACUUCAUCCGCGGAGGCGCCUGCGAUUGCAAGAGCAAGCACAGAAACAGAUUCUCAAACAGAAACAGAAACUGGAUCCCAGAGCCAACUCAUUGUCGUUCAUAGCUUAGCAUAGUUGCUGCGUGAGAUUGUGUGUGCGUGGAUAGCGGCAGUGAGUGUGCGUGAGUGCGUAAAACCGGAGGCGUCUGUAGUUUUCCACAGGACAUCGCACCAGCGAUUUGGACUAGCGAGAGCGGGCGCAUCGCUUGAAGCACUUCCUCCAUAGCCACCGCUGACAUCUCCUGUUCCUGUUCCCGUUCCCGUUCCCGGACGUCGACCAUGAAGCACUCGCCGCUGAUUGCCAGCGCUUGUCUGGCGCUGGUGUUGAUGUCAUCCAGCCUGAUUGGCAGCACCGAGGCCAGAAACAAGAAGAAGUACGUCGGCGAGACGGGCGGCGAUUUCGAGUUUAUCGAUGAGAUAAACAAAAACACGCAGAGCAACAAGAAUCUGGGCGAGCACAAGCGCUGGAUACACGAUCCCUCGAGUGACCUUUGCCGACCGCUGAACUGCAAGAAGCGUGAAAUCUGCCUGCUGGAGGACGAGUUCAGUGCCGUUUGCGUGUCGAAGAAGGAGCUCCACAAGAAUCGUGAUGAGAUAAUCACCAAGGCCAAGUAUUUGGAGGAGGAGGCCAAGCGGCGUGUCAACCAGCAGGACAACCAGGACAGCCAGGACGCGGAGGACAUCAACAAUGACGACGAGGAUAACAGCAGCGAUGGCGGCAGCAGCAACUCCAGUCCCACAGGCACCAACAAUGUCCAGGCCAGUGUCCAGGGAAAUGAGGAGACCGACGACGAAGAUAAGAGCCUGAGUCUGGGCGACGACGACGAGUCCAAGGAGGAUGAUGUCUUCUACGAGAACAGUAUCGCCGCUGGCGAUAAGCAGCAGCAGCAAUCCCAGCCUGCUGCAGGACCUUCCGUUAUUCAGCAGGACGACGACGAGGAAUUGGACAACUGCAAGCCGUGUCCUGUGGCCAAGCCGACGUUCCUGUGCGGAGCCGACAACAGGACCUACUCAUCACUAUGCAGAUUGGAUUAUCACAAUUGCAUACAUUCGACGUCCAUACGGAUCGCCUGCAAAGGAUUCUGUCCCUGCAAGGAGAUUGUCGACGGAAAGCGGCUGCAGCGCAUCUCGGGCUACAACAACAAGUACAACAAGAAGAUCAGCCUGGACCAGCAGCAGCAGCAGCAACAACAGCAGCAGCAGCAGGCCUACAAGGACAGCAACAACAACAACAUCAUGAUGAACAGCGGCAACAUAAUGGGCGGCAACAACAACGACUUCAACACGAUCAUGAAUGACAAAGAGGACAAUAACCGGCACAACAACCACAUCAAUGCCCAGUACACUUUCACGCCCGAGGAGAUCAAAUAUGACAACAAGCACUACAAGUACCUCAAGUACACGGCCUACAAGAAGGACUCCAAGUACCAGGAGGACAAGCACAAGAUGCGCAACUACAACGAGGUGGUCGAGAAGCAGCAGCAGAAGUUCAAUAAGAACAGCAACUUGAAUGCCUAUCCCUCGAAAUCGGCGGAGUGCAAGCCGCAGCAACUGACGGCGAUUGGCAACCGGCUGCUGGACUGGUUCUCGGUGAUCAUGGCGGACAGCAAGAAGCGGCGCCAGCACAGCCAAAAGUCGAAGGCCCACUUCCCGCCCGCCUGCAAGACGGAGGCCAAGUGGAUGUUCGGCCACCUGGAUUUGAACAACGACGGACAGCUGUCGCUGCAGGAGAUGUACGACCUGGAGCACGACCAGAACGAGCGCUGCAUCAAGCCGUUCAUCGACACCUGCGACUUGGACACGGAUAGCUCGAUCAACACACGGGAAUGGUGCCGGUGCUUCGAGAAGACGGAUCGCCCAUGUGCCGCUGUGCGCCGGAGAAUCGCCGGCGACUUUGCAGGUGAGAUAGGAGCCUACGCACCGGACUGCGACAUCCAGGGAUUCUACAAGCCCACCCAGUGCCACAAUUCCGUGGGAGUUUGCUGGUGCGUGGACAAGCACGGAGUGGAGUUCGCCAACACACGCACACGCGGCAAACCCAAUUGCGAGUCCGUGGUUAAUAACGCCGCAUCGCUCACAUCCGACGACGAGGACGAGGGCGCCGAUGACGAGGACAGCGCGGAGGGCAGUGCCGAUCAGAUGCUGGUCUUCUAAGCGAACCCACAGCUCCUCCAGCAGCUGGGGCAACCGAUGGCGAUAGCCCUGGGCCCUGGCGCAUCAUCCAAUCAGCGAGCUAGCGUUAUAACAGAAAAUUAAUAUUAUUAUUAUUAUUAUGAUUGCAAACAAACCCGAGAAAAGUGGAAGUAAAAGCGAACGCAGCAGCGAAAAACCCCAAAAACAGAAACAUAAAUGUGCAGUAGCCAAGUAAGCGUUUUUGAAUAGAACUACGAAUAGCAAACAGCAGAAGCAGCAAAACUCACUCACACUCUCACACAUCACGCCAUCAAGGAUAACUAAAAGGAGCCAGGACGAGAGAGCAGGACGAAACUGUAGCAUAGUUGAAGGCGCAUCGCACGCAAAUUGGCAAACCGCUGAUGCCAGCAGUAGAAAAAAA